GCGACUUCAAUGCCAAGCACGGACUAUGGAGCAGAGCCACCAAUCGAAACGGCCGAGCGCUCCAUGCGCAUGCUGACAGACAUGAAUACCUCGUGUUGGGACCAGGUGAACCUACGUUCUAUCGCGGGCAGUAUAGGCCUGACGUACUUGACAUCGCGCUUCUCAGAAACGUCACUCUGACCAGCGAAAUUUACGUUCAGUCGGAACUGGACUCCGAUCAUAAUCCAGUAAUCCUGGUAUUGGGUGAUGAACUUCCUUCCCCUGAUUAUUGCAUGAGAUAUAAGACGGAUUGGGAUGUCUUCACAGCUCAGCUCGGAGAGAUGCGCGCCCCUCCUGAGGGUCUCCGCUCUCCCAACGAACUCGACGCGGCAGUUCACCGCUUCGAGAUCUCCGUGAAUGAUGCUUUUCGGACGGCCACCUCCAGCGAGGAGUGUCCGCAGAAGAGCUAUAAUGAGUUUCCCCCUCGUAUCAAAGCCUUGAUACGAGAGAGAAA